AUGAGCUCCACUUCCAGCAAUCCUGAUAAUGGAGACACCACCAAGCAGUCUCAGCUGGGGCUGGACACCGUGAUCAAGAAGUUGGAAGACACCAUCCUGAGCCCCAUGGCCAGAAGGGAAGAUCGGGCACUAACUGUGCGUGGAGAUGGUCAACGGGCCUCACCCACUCCUGUACCAGCCCGUAUCCGAGAGAUUGUGUCGAGAAGCUUGAGCGAGGAGCCACUCUCAGGGCUACGGGAGCGGCCAGCUGCCACGACUCAUGCACAGGAGGAAAGUGAGCUCCUGCAAGAGGAGCUGACGAGGUUGGAGGACCUGUUGGCCCAGGCAGAUGCUGAGCGAGAGGAGCUGGCUAACAGGUGUCACAUGGUCAGCCAGAGGCUGCAGGCCCGCCUGGAUACCACCGAGGCCCGGCUUCGGAAGUCAGAGCUGGAACACAGCAUGGAUUUGGAGGAGGCUCUUAGCCGGCUGGAGGCCUCCCAGCAGAGGAGCAUGAGCCUUUCCCAAGUAAACACCCUCCUUCAGCAACAGCUGGAGCAGAUGCAGAAGGCCAACGACACGCUGGCCAGGGAGCUGACCCGGACAACACACAGCUUGCUCCGCCUGCAGGGCAAGUUGGAGCUUCGAGAGACCCAAAGGUUGAGCCUAAGACAGCCUCGAGACAUCCUCCCCCUGUGGAGACAGGCCAAGGCUCUGCAGACACACCUGGCUGAGCUUCGGACAUCCACUGAGAGGGGUCUUGCAGAUGUUCAGGCGGACAUGACCCGGACAGCCCAGCGUUUGCAUAUGGCCUGCCUGAACCUCGACUCCCACCUGCGGCUGACAGACAGCAGCAUGACCAGUGACCUGGAACAGCGACUGAGGGAGCAGGCUAGGGAAAUGCUCCAGUUGCAGGGCCAAUGGGCUGCUGAGAAGGUAGCCCUUCAAGCCAGACUUUCAGAGCAGACACUGCUGGUGGAAAAGCUCUCUGCGCAGAAGGAGCAAGGAGAGAGAGCCAUCCUGACACUCAAGUCGGACAUCCAGAGACUGAAAUCCCGGCGCAGUGGCAGCCAGCUGGCGGUGGAUGAACUGAGCGAUGAGGUUGAGUCCCUGCACCAUGUCCUGGCCAGCAUCAAGGAGGUGGCCCAGUCAGAUGCUAUGUGUCCAGAGUUGGCCUGGAGUGGCAGCGUUGAAGUCAGAGAAGCACAGACCCGACUGAGGAGCCCCCCACGGUCUGUGUCACCACACCAGCAUAUGUCCCCAACACGAACCAGCUCUCCGACCAACCUGCAUCCUGCGCUGCAGGCUGUGCAGGCAGCCAUUGAGAGGCGGCGGCAGCGGGAGCAGGAGCUGCGUCUGAGGCUGGAGUCCUCCCACGAAGAAGCAGUGGGGCUCCGGGAGCAGCUGUCUGGGUACCGGCAGGAGCUUCGUACCUCACAGAGGCUUCUGCAGGACCGGGCACAGGAGCAUAAGGAUCUGCUAGGCCAGCUGGAGGCCCAGAGGCAGGAGGCACAGCUUUUCCAAGAGUCUCUGCAUCUCCUGGAAAGGGAGAAAGUAGCCCUAGAAACGACAGUGGAGGAGCUGAGGGCCAAGGGAGACAUUCGGGAGGCCGAGGCUCAGAAGCUGGAGGCCACCAAUGCAGAGCUGCGCCAAAGCCUCCUGCUGCGGGCAGAACAGAAGGCUGAGCUGGCCCAGCAGGGCGAGCGCAGCCUGCGUGAGCUGGAGGCCAGCCAGGGCCGCGUGGAACAACUGGAAGAAAAGGUUUCUGGGCUCAGGAAGGAACUGGCCACAUCCCGGGAGGCACUAAGCUCAAUGCAGCUGCAGAGGGACAUCUUGGAGACAGAGAAGGAGAGCUUGCAUGGUGCCCUGGCCCAGGCUGAAUCUGGCAAUGCUGACUUGGAAUUGCUGGUGACACGGCUGAAGACAGAGAGAAUGGAGCAACAGGACUCACUGGCCAAGAUGGCCACCCUGCUGGAAGGGCUUUCCCAGGACAAAGGCACCCUAAACCAUCUGGUACUUCAGCUGGAGCAAGAACGGGACCAGCUUCGGGAGCAGCAGAAGAUGCUGGAGCAGGAGCAGGCUGGGGUGAGAGAGCAGCUGACACAGAUGGAGCAGCAGCUAGGGUUCGUUCAGGCUGAGCGGAGAAGUCUGCAGGAGACUUGUGGGCACCUGGAGCAGAAGCAGGGACAUCUAGAGAAGCAGGUGGUCCUGCUUGGGCAGGAGAGUGCCCAGCUCCGGGAGCAGGUGGGCCAGGUCACAUACAAGAAACAGGCCCUAGAGAAGCAGCUGGCACAGAGCCUGCAGGACCAGGAGGCCCAGAUGGACAUUCUGCGAGAAGCCCUUCAUGAGAAGAACACACUGUCUGAGGAGCGGGCCCAACUACUAACUAAGCAGGAAGCCCUGGAGAGACAUAGCGAGCUUGUGACUAAGGAGGCAGCUGAUCUGAGGGCUGAGAGGAACUCUCUGGAGAACAGCCUCUUUGAGGCCCAACGACUGACAACGCAGUUGCAGACCCAGCAGGAACAGCUGGAAGGAAAGGCCGAGGCGGCCCAGCUCGCUCGCCGGGCCUUGCAAGUGGAAAUGGAGCGGCUGAAAAGUGACUGGGAAGUCCGAGAGACAGCGCUGCAGUGGGAUCUGGGACAGCUGCAGCAGAGGGCUGCACAGCAAGAGCAGGACGCACAGCUGGCCUUGGAGCGCCAGGAGCUGGCCCACAGAGAGGACCUGGCCCGCCUGCACAGGGAGAAGGACACCCUCAGUUUAUCCCUGGCAGAGGAGAAAGAGGCUGCUGCCCGGUGGAUGAAACAACAGAAAGAGCUGCUGGCCAAAAGUGCAACCGACAGGGAGGCGCUGCAGGGGGAGAUUCAGAACCUAAAGCAGGAACGAGAUGAGAGCCUCCUUCAGCUGGAGCAUGAGAUGCAGCAGGCCCUGUCUCUGAAGGAUGCAGAGAAGAGCUUGUUGAGCAAGGAGCUCUCUGGAGCUAACCAGGAGCUCGAACGGGCCCGGCAGGAGGCCCAGAAUCAGCAAGUGCAAGCUGAGACUACCAUUACCACCAUGACCAAAGAGCUGAGAACCCUCCAGGUCCAGUUUGAAGAGGCCAUCUCCACCCACCAGAGAGAAGCUGAAACUCUGAGAGAGAAGCUCCGAGAGAUAGCAGCCGAGCGAAGCAGCGUGAGGAGAGAGGCUGAGGGACUGCAGGCACAGCUGAAUGUGGCUCACGAGAAGCUGGCCGAACUGCAUCAAGAACUUCAGAACAGUGAAGAGAGCCGUGAGGGGCUACGCAGAGAGGCCUCGGAGGCUCGCCGGACACUGGACGAUGAGGUUCAAGAGAAGGAUGUACUGCAACGUUCCAACACUGAGCUGCGGGCCACCAUCCACAGGGCUGAGCAAGAGAAAGCCAGUUUUAAGAGGUCGAAGGAGGAGCAGGAGCAGAAGCUGCUGUUGCUUCAGGAGGCCCAAGUGGUAGCUCAGAAGGAAGCCUGUGAGCUGAGGACCAGGCUGCAGGAGUUGGAACGGGCACAGAGGGAUACCCGUCGGAAGCUCCAGGAGCGCCACAGACAGGUAAGGACACUGGAAGCCGAGAACCAGAGGAAGAGACAGGAGGUGAGUGAGCUGCAGGCCCAAGUCUCUAGGGAUGCACAACAUCGUCGGAAGAACCUGCAGGAGGCACUAGAGCUGCAGAGGCAGGUAGCGGAGGCCCAGGCUGCCCGUGAUGGUGUUCAGAAGGAGGUUCUCGGGCUGCGGCAGAAGUUGGCAGAAGUAGAGGCGGCAGGGGAGACCAAGGCAAAGCAGCUGGAGGGGCAUCUCUGUGAGAGCCAGAAGGCCGAGCAGACCCUGCAGGCUGAGCUGCGCAGAAUCACCAGGAAGCUACAACAGGCCAGCCACCAGGCUGACAACCUUCAGAGCAGCCUAGACCAUGCCUGUAGCCGAGUACACAUCUUGGAACAGGAGCUGGCCAAGGCUGAGGGUGCUAGGCGUCAUGCGGAGGCCCAGCUGGGUCGGCUGUGGUCCACACUCUGCAGUGGCCUAGGCCAAAGUCAGAACCUCUUGGUCUCUCCAAAGAGGUCCCAUUCUCCCACAACAGGCAGCUCCCAGACUCAUCCUGGACAGCAAAGGGCCAGUCCCCCUACUAGAUCCUACUCUCCUGCCCGAUGGCCCUCGCCUGUACCUGUAGGUCCUAAUUCAGAGGUCAUCGAUGUGGCCUUUGUGAGGAAUGCCCUGAGGGACCUGGUGCAAAAGCUUUUGGAGGCCCAGCAAGAAAGGGACAACUCUGGCAUUCAUGUGGCCAGUCUGAGCAGCCAGCUGAGCGAGGCGGAGAGGGAGCGCAUCCACCUACAGAGCCGUGUAGAGCAGCUUCAGAGGGACCUAGCAGAUGCAGAGGAAGGCCAGCGCAGGGCAGAGAGUGCAUUGCACAGUGCCCAGGCAGCUCGGGCCCUGCAGAAGGAGGCACUCCAGAGGCUGGAAGCAGAGCACCUGGCAAGUACACGAGCUGCAGGCCAGGAGAGGAGGAGGCUGCAGGAGCAAGUAGACACGCUGCGUCAAGCCCUGGAAGAGAGCAGCAGGCACACCCAGAGCACUGCAGACAAGGGGAGGCUCCAGGAGGAGCCCCUGCAACAGGUGCUUCCGCGGAGCCAUAGGGAGCGGGCAGAGAGGCGCGCCCUGCGAGAGCAAACAGCUUCACUGCGCACGGAGCGGGCCCGCCUACAGGGGGAGCUCGCGGCACUGCGCACGCGCCUCAUACAGACAGAGCAGGAGACCCUGAGGAAGGAGGAAGACACAGCCAUGCUGGGGGCCAAGAAGGAGCUGCUGCUUCAGUCUCUGAGGAGCCUACACCAGGAAGUAGAUGGGGCCUUGCGGCAGAGCCAGCAGCUGCAGGUAGCUAGCCUGAAGAAGCAGCUGGAUCAGGAAGUGUGGCAGCGGCAGCAACAGGCCCACAGUGACUAGAUUGUUUGAGCCAAGCACGGACCUCCACUACAGUACCCUCCCUUCAUCCCUGUGCUGGGUGGCCUGCACUGGGGGACAUGUCAGGGCUCUGUGCUACUGAAGACACUGGUGCUAUACACACUAAGGGACCAUGGUCCACAAACAUUCGUGUGUUGUGAGAAGGUGCACAAACAGGCAGCCACCAACCAAAGUGCACCACUCCCUCCUCAACUCCUCCCAGACUGCAAGAGUCCCGCCUACGGGACCUCAGCCUCCAGCCAGGCUGGACCACACUGCUCUUUGAAACUCCUUCCUGCUGCAGGGAGCAGGGGUGUUGAGCACCCCCCCCCCAGCCCAUACUGGGCCUGGGGCUCCAUUUCUAGAUUGGACCUGCUACUUGGGCCAGGCACUGAUGGCUGGGCCCUGUCAAACCAGCUCCCUUGCCACGGGCUACAUUCCGUGCCCUCAGUUCUGUAAACACAGGGAAACACAUGGAAAACAUUUCCACCAGCAAGAGCCAAAAACACAAUGUCCUGCAAGGCCAGCCACCACACCCCACAUCCAGAGGCCACAGAAUCUUCCACAUCCAGGAACUGCAGUCCUGUCACGGUGGCAGGUGGCUGGAAAUGACUCAGAUGCAAGCCCGUGACUCGCUGGCCACAGGGGUAUUGGAGAUCUGAAGCUGUUCCAGAGUCUCCCAUUUCCACACCAAAAAAAAAAAAAAAAAAAAAUCCUCAAAAAUGCCAGUGGGUAAUCCUGCUCUGGUUGCUAUGGAAACCGAGGCCAUCAUCUUACGAGACCCUCUUCCAGCCUCACCUGUUGGCAUCGUGUGCCUUUCUCCUAUUUAGUCAUUCUCCUGGUCAGAAUGACUCGUCUUUCCUUCCCACAACUCUCUUUGGCAUUGUAAAUGGCACUUUCUAGUACCCCUAGGCUACCAAGCCACCUGGUAAAUUCUUGCCUACACCACAGGGAGCAGGUUGUCCCAUGGCUUGUGUUUCUGCCAGGACCUCCUGAAGCCUCUUCAAGGACUCUGGCACGGGGCAGGAAAGGCAGGAAACUCCUGGAAUCCAUCCAAUCACAAGCAUGUGGCUAAGGCCAAGAUGUGUGACAGCCUGUCAGUUUACUUCAAGAUCACCCGGGACUUAAGAUCCGCCAUCCUGUCAGACCUCUGGUUGAACUUAGUAACUGGAUCCUGCGCAAUUGAGGUGGGCAGACAGGCUUUAUCGCCAAUGACAGUGUGAAGAAGGAUCCCGAAGCCCAGGCUUUGAAAGGAAGAACACAGAAACCCUUUGGCAAUGGCUUCCUUGGACAAAGGAGGAGUUGUUAGCGGCAUAGGUACCCGGAUGUAUGCCUACCCACAGUUUCCAGGUCCUGGCAAGCACAGCCCAGUGGAGGAGAGUGGAUGGGCUUCGCCAUAGAGACCUGAGAAACUGGGACUCCGUAGCUGGGCCUCGCCUUCCUCCUUCUCUGGUCUGCAGCUCCCCUGUGGAAACGUUUGCACCAUCCCUUCAAGGACCCGAGAGUCUGGAGAUUUCCACAGGAGGCCGCUGCUCAUUCAGGGAGCCUGCCUGCAGCGUUAAUGCUUUUCUCUUCCUGACCUUGCAAGGCUCACAGGUGUCCCAGGGACAUCAAUGGGACUGAAGCUGACAGCUGAGGAGGUAUCCUGUAAAUAUGCCUGGAAGCAGGGGGACACACUUCAGCAGGGAGAGGUCUGGACACUUCUCAGCACCAAAAUGACCUGGCCAUGGUGCUUCCUGGUGAUCCAACCAAGGUGCUCCCUGGUGAUCCAACCAAGGUGCUCCCUGGUGAUCCAGGGCCACCUUCACACUGGCUGCUCAGGAGAGCCUUGCCAGGACAGUGAGGGCUUCUGAGAUGGUCACGCUUUGCAUCUUUGCAUCAGUGCACGAGAUAUUUUUACUUAUUCAACAUAAAGGAAUGUAUUUGUGUUGAGAAGGGAUGCUUUCUAAAGAAUAUAUUGCAUUUCUCUAAACACCUUCUAAGGCGUGUGCACAUUGGUAUGUGUUAGCUGGUGAUUUCUGCCCCGGGCAGUGGUGGUGGUUGUGGAAGGCCUUCACAGAAGUGCUCUGAGUCCACGGUUUGUGGCUGAGGAAACCUAGCAGCUGGGCCAAAAUCAGAUAGGUAACUAAGUAUAGUAUGUGCAGCCAGUGGAUCAAAUCCAGUACCCCACAGCUCACCCCAGGCUGCUCAUGCCCCAGUCCACCUGCUCAGAGGAGCUGCAGGCACAGACAUGCAAACUAAAGUGGACGGAAGGGUACCCCACAGUAGAGGUGAAGCCAGAGAAGGAGGCAGCUGGGGUGAACAAUUCAGGCUAUGCAGGUGGUAGGGAACCUGGCCUUCUGCCUCUUGCUCUCCCCAGAGUUUGAGAGGAAUGGGCUCUGAAACCUCACUGCCAGGGGAAAGCAAGUGGCUUCUUCUUUUGGCCUGCCCCGCAUUUGGUUUAUGGCCUGUAUGAAGUCUGAUGGAUGCCAGCAUCCAUUUGAGAGAUACUAGCCCCAGCUGUGAGGCUCAGCUCCCCUCUUGAGCUGAACAUUCCGAGCAGGUACUCUGGAUGUCUAUGAGAAUGUGAAAGUGGCACUCACACCUGGUCUUGCAACGAUAGAGUCCCAGGGCUUCUCAUGUUGUAUGUAUAGUGCCCCCUACUUCAUGUCUGGUACUGGCCCAUCUCUAGAUGUGACAUCUGAGCUCUCCCUGGGGCCAGUGACCCUAUUUGUCUUCUCCCUCCAGGGACCUGAGAGGCUGGCAAAGCUGGUGGCUCCAGACUAGAGAUCCAAGGGUUUGACCAGAGCUCCGUUUUAACUACUGCUGGAGCAGGAUGUAAGCAACACAGCACGGUUUAGUUGAGAUGUCGAAGACGUUAAUAUUUUAAACGUGCGUCAUGUGUUAUUUGACAAUGGAGAUACAUCUGAGAAAUG